AUGAAUAACCAGAACAGACUUAAUUACCAAAGAGGAGAGUAUGAAGAGAUUAAAGUUACUAAAUAUUUCAAAACUAAUAACAAAAAAUAUAGGGUGAGUUAUGUAUCUAAAAACAGCAAUUCUACAUUGUCUAUUAAAAUCACUAACGGUUUUUCUGAGAUUUACAAUCUUCUUAUUAAAAUUUUUGAGGUAAAAUUAUACAAGAAAAUUAAAAUUUAUCUCAAGGAAAAUAUCGAUGACGUUAUUAUAUCAAAUUUUAUAAAUAAUUUUACGUUCGAUGGAUAUCAUCUUGAAUUUUCCAGUACAUUAGACACAUGUGAUAGUAAACACGAUGAUUUAUUAUGUGUAUUUGUAAAGGAUUAA